GUCUGAUAUAAUUUGAAAAGAUUGACAAUAAAAUUAAGAUAUAUAAUAAAUGAUUUUAAUUGUUUAAAUAAUAGACAAAGAAAUUUUACUUUUGUCGAUAUGAUCCAGAGCAGUGUACAAUUAUGAAUAGAGAUUGAACAAGUGACUAAUAUGAUUAGAUUUAUUAAAUUAAUGUUAGUUUUAUUACAUGGGUUAUUUACAUCAUCUUCAUACAAUAUAAAAGGUAUAGCUUUGGAAAAAGUCAGAGAUGAAAACAUUCGAUAUCCUCUUAUAUUAAUACAUGGAAUUGGUGGAACACAAGCAUUAUGUAAACCAACCGACAAACAGUCACAUACGAAACCAUUUACACUUUGGGUUAAGUUACUUUAUUUUUUCAUCCCAGAAAAAUUAUUCACUUAUAUGGGAUUAAUUUAUGAUCCGAAGACAAAAAAAACGAAAGACCGAGAGUUGUGUAAUGUUGAAUUCCCUGGUUGGGGUGAUACUUGGGCUAGUGAAUAUUUGUCUGAAGAAAAAUAUCCACUAACAAGUUAUAUGAAGUCACUUGUUCAAAGUUUAACAGAGGACAAAUUUUUUGUGCGAAAUAAAACAUUACGUUCUGCACCGUAUGAUUUUCGUAAAGCGCCAAAUGAAAACGAAAAAUAUUUCGUUAAGUUAAAGGAAUUGGUUGAAGAGACGUAUGAAAAUAGUGAAAAAUGUCCAGUUUACUUAUUAGGCCACAGUUUAGGAUCAUUGUACUCAAUGUAUUUUUUAAAGCUGCAAGAUAAAAGAUGGAAACAUAAAUAUAUCAAGGGAUUUAUAUCUGUGUCAGCUCCUUUUGGUGGAUCUGUUGAAAGUUUAUAUGCGGAAACCUGUGGUCAUAACUUCGGAAUUCCAUUUCGUUCUCCAUUAGCAUUUCGUGACAUUGAAAGAUCAUUUCCCGCAAUGACAUUUCUUCUACCAGAUCCACGUGUAUGGUCAGCAAGUGAGAUGUUGGUUGUAACUCCGAAAAAAAAUUAUUCAGCACAUGAUAUGAAAGCAUUUUUUAAUGAUAUUUCAUUUCCUCAAGGCAAGUAAAUAAAUAUUUGAUAUUGAGAUGGUGGAAUGGAUUCGUGGUUAAGGUGAAUGAUUUUGGUUGGUUUUGCUCUCUGAGCUGAAUGGUUUAGUCGUGAAGCUUUCAUCGUUGAUCUGAACGAUGUCAUCAGCACAAACUUCAUGUAGACUUCACUUCUACCUAUAGUUUUGCUCAUUAUAUCAUUUACAUCAACGAUGAAAGCUUCACGACCAUUUACUUGGUUUGUAGCUCCAUCAUCCUGGUUUCAACUUUUGACUAGGCGGCGAGUACGCAUUUCUAUUUAGUCAUCAACUAAAAGUCAUCCGGUACCCAAUCAACUUCAAUAGUUUUCUAGUUAUUUUCAAUGUAUAACUAAAAGUGUAUUAUGUUUUGUGAGACGUUUAUGACAGUUUCGUUAAACGAAUUGAUUCUAUUUCGAUUUUUAUAUUUAUUUGUUCAAUUAAUUGAUGAUUUAGGUUAUUUGAUGAUGAAAGAAACGAAAAGUGUAUUUAAUCCAUCUGAAAGGCCUACUGAUAUUGAAGUUUACUGUGUUUAUAGUUUUAAUAUUCCAACAAUAUUACAGAUGAUUUUCAAUAUUCCAGGACCACAUCGUUCUGCCUUCCCCAAUCAGAUACCAAAAUUAAAAUAUGGUGAUGGUGAUGGUGUUGUACCGUUAAAAAGUUUAUCUGUUUGUAAUAAAUGGAAUUAUGUUAAUGUAGUUGUACUGGAACGAAGUUCACAUGAAGAUAUUGUACAAGAUGAUCGUUUUAUUCGAUUUUUAAAGAGAUUACUUAUUCAUGAUUGACUAAAUAUAUUAAUGUUUGUAUGACAUUAUAUAACAUUUUUCAAUGUGAGUUUUAAUUACUUAAAAAUUCAUUUAAACCCCCCUAAUUUAUAUUUUCACUUUCUUCUGGCUAAUUUAGACCCCUAUAAUAAAGUAUACAAAUUUACUAUUGUAAGGAAAUUUUGAAAUUCACUUAUAUUGUUAUGGUGUUUGACUGAACUAAUGAUUCCUCUAUACUUGUUGAAUGCUUGAUUUCAAAUUCUAAAUACAGUAUAUUCGUUUGUGCUUGUCUGUAACUUCUUGAUUCAAUUGCGUUAUUUCUGGAAUUUUUAGUUCAUACUAUAAUUCAAAUACUCUUGAUUAUCACAGUUGUUCUGUUUUUAAAUGUUAAUUUAUGUAUCGUC